UUUUAUUUGUUGGUUUUGAGUUUGGACUGAUUUUUUGUUUUAAUUUCAUACUCCUUAGUUAAAUGAUUGGUUUAAUUAAUUAAACUAUGGAUCAACUGUAUGUGGAGAUUGAGUUAAGCACCCAGAAUGCGGAAACAACGAUUUAUACCAGCGUGCCUUCGUUCCUAGCGCUCUACACAUAUCGCUACCUCAAGGAGCCCCGAAAUAUUAAAGUUAACUUUGUCGCAAGUAAAAUCGGUGCUGGUAAAAUUGCUUUACGCAGCUCCCAGCUGAGACGCGAACUGACCGAUGAGCAUAUCACGUGUCGCGAUGCCGCCACGCUACCCGCCCUCCGGGAUCUGCGUCUGCCCAUCUAUGAGCGGGAUGGGAAUAUCUAUAUUGCAGGCACCUGUGCCGUUUGCCGAGAGAUCGUAGCACGCCAACCCAACAAGCAUAUGCGUCAACUAUUGGGAUUCAAGGGUAGCUGCCUUCUGGCACCAGCGGAGGCCUCCAUAUGGACGCGUUUCUGUGAGGUAGAUGUGGUUAAUCUGGUCAGCCAGUUGCAAAGCGGGGAGCUCCAGUUGCGUGAGGUGCCUGUCGAAGUGGUGCGUUUUGAGCAGCACAUGAAUCAGCCGGUGCGCAUGCAUAACAUCUAUAAAUUGGCCAGAGAGCAGGCGAAUCUAACAGAGAACGGUACCCCACUGAAACGUAAGGAGCGUGUGCUUAUCGAAUGCAGCAUACCGAAGGAACAGCUCCUAAUCGAACAUCGUUUUGCCGAGGGUAUUAGCUUUACCAUUGCUGAUCUGAUACUCUAUCCACUGCUGCGUCUAGUCUUCCAACAUUGCGCACAGAUGUUGCCGCAUUUUCCACUGAUCAGCACUUGGUUCAGCGAGAUUGAGAGCUUCGACUCAAAUUGUGCUCGCAUCCUACACGAGCUGUAUGUGCCUAUUCUUGUGGCUCCAGCGGAACAUACACAGUUACUUAGCAUACCCGAUUGUGAGGAGACGAGCCUCUAUAAGGCUGAUCCGAAGCGUUAUCGUCCACGAAAUCGCAUUUAUACCAGUCAGUCCGAAGUAGAGGCAGCAUUGUCCAAGCUGUCACCACUACAGCUGCAGUUCACUGUCGACUCGGAGCCUUCGUUUGGGGAACAGCUCAUCGACUGGCAGUGCAUUGAGCCGACGCAUGCCAAGAGUUCAGCUUUGCCGGCGGAGCGUUUGGAGCGUAAGCGUCAACAACUCGAAAACAUGGCCAAUGCGGUUGUCUCGCUGGCCCAGCCUGGCGAUCGUAUCGUCGACUUCUGCAGCGGCACUGGCCACUUGGCCAUACUGCUCGCUCUAAAGCUGCCCCAGUGCAUCAUCAUUGUACUGGAGAACAAGACAUUUUCGCUGGCGCACGCCCAGAAGCGUGCAACCGAACUGAAACUGAGCAACUGUGUCUUCUAUCAGUGCAAUAUUGAUUAUUUCAUGGGUCGCUUCGAUAUAGGCGCCUCGCUGCAUGCCUGCGGCACAGCCACGGACAUUGUGCUGCAGCAGUGCCAGCGCGUGAAUGCGGGCUUCGUUUGCUGUCCCUGCUGCUACGGUUCACUGCAGCCAAUGCCACACAUCACUUAUCCACUGAGCGCCCGCUUCAAAGAGGUGCUCAAUAUGAAGGACUAUUUGUAUAUAGCGCAUACGGCGGAUCAGGCACACGUGCUGGGCACUAGCAACUGCAAGCCGGAGACAACGCUACAGGGCAUGCAUUGCAUGUGCAUCAUUGACACGGAUCGCAAGCUGCAGGCCGAGGAGGCCGGCUACCAAGUGAUACUCACACGUCUCAAGCCGGAGCAGUGCACGCCAAAGAAUCAUUUGCUAGUCGGACGUUAUGUACGCAAAUAGAGAGAUCCCAAAAUAUA